AUGGCUCAAAUCCGUCGAGCCUCACAAACUUUCGAAGAAAAACAAUCAAGCGAGGGGGAGCUCAUUGAAGCAGCACCCCUACCGACACCUCUUCCAAAAACACAGCUGGCGAUCCUUCUCCUUGUUCAGAUGCCAGAGCAGCUCACAGCCUCAGUGAUAUAUCCAUUUGUGAACCAGCUAGUCAGGUCAACAGGAAUCACAGGUGGAGAUGAGCGUAAGACAGGCUACUACGCAGGCUUAAUUGAAUCUUUGUAUUAUGCAGUCGAGGCUAUCACGAUUCUGCAAUGGGGUCGCGUGUCUGACAGAAUUGGAAGGAAACCAGUGAUUCUCGUUGGCCUUUUCGGGGUUACCUUGUCUAUCGUCUCUUUCGGAUUUUCGAAUCAAUUCUGGAUGAUCAUCCUCAGCCGUUGCGCACAAGGUGCUCUCAACGGUAAUAUCGGCGUGGUUAAAUCUACCAUGACCGAGAUCACUGACGCCUCCAAUGUGGCGCAAGCAUUCGCAUGGCUACCUUUGGCGUGGGGCACUGGUUACACGCUAGGAUUCCUCAUUGGAGGGGUUCUGUCAGAUCCAGCGGACAAAUGGCCAAACUCUGUCGGACACUACCCCUUAUUCCAUCGGUAUCCUUAUUUUUUGCCAUGCAUCGUUGCCGCCAGCGUAUCGACAUUCUCCUGGCUCAUCACCUUAGUAUUUUUCAAAGAGUCGAUGCGAAGCACUGCCUCCAAAAAUAGGUCCGUGAGCCAUAGUGACAACACCAAAAAGUCGCCCAUGCGGGCCGCCACGAUCCACUACCAGCCUGGAGACACUCAGAUAGACACACUACCUCACGUGCUGGAUGAAGCGGAGAUUGCCAGCCCAGUUUCUUGUUCUCUUGAGUCUACAAGGACCGACUUUCGCGCCAUCCUCAUCCCAGGCGUCAUGAUACCAGUCUUGCACUAUGGUUUGCUGUCUUUCGUUGACCAGUGCAUGCUGGUACUAGUGCCGCUCAUGUAUUCGACAUCACGUUCACUUGGAGGGCUUGGUUUUAGUAGCAACACCAUCGGGUUGGUGAUGUCGGUUUGGAGUAUGUUGAACGGCAUGACACAGGUUUAUAUGUUUCCGCGAUUGUUACGAAAAUUUGGACCAAAGAGGUUGUAUAUUAUAAGUUUCGCCUUUUUCCUCAUAACAUUUUCCACCUUCCCGUUAAUGGGUUAUAUGGCGAAGCGCAAGAUGGAAGCAGGAAUGUGGUUGAUUCUUUGCCUUCAACUCGUUGCAUAUAUUGCUGCGUACAUCACCUAUAGCUGUAUUAUCUUAUACGUCAACAAUGGGGCGCCGAACAAGGACUUGCUGGGUGCAACAAAUGGCCUAGCGCAGAUGUUGGGUUCCCUGAUGCGUGCUGUUGGACCAACAGUGGUAUCUUCACUGUUCGCUCUAUCACUGGAGAAGGACCUCUUAGGCGGAACGGCCGUAUACUGGAUAAUGUGCACGAUCGUCAUGGUGAUACUCGGUUGUUCGACAUAUCUGCCGAAAACCCUCACCUGGACAUCGUUAUGA